GACCUUUUCAGGCAUCAAGGUAUAAACCCCAAGCGGUUCACCUUCCUGGUCAAGAGGUUGCAAACUCACGUCAGCGCUCGAGUGGAUUUCGAAGCCCAUUCUCAACAAUGACCCCGGAUAGAAUCGCACGACUCGCAGAGCUAUAACUGCAGGCGAUCCCAGCAACACUAUGCGUCUUCACCUAGUUAUCCACAGGCACGAUUUCCCUGCCACCCGGGUCCUCUGGUCGACUCCUUUCCGCUCUCCGGGUUUAUCAAAUCAACCUUCUGCUGCAUCCUCUUUCACGGCGGCUGGGUCUCAGGCGCUCAAUGCCGGGAGACGACUUAGCGGGAGCACAAGCUUCAAUACGGCCUUGACGUCGCUUUCUACGGCUGGAGGGUAUACAAUUUCCCAGCUGCUAGCAGAUAUUAAUGAGGUUGUCCCUCUCGAAACUCAGCCUAGUCGGUCGGGGUAUAGGAAAGAUGAAGGACAAUGGGGCUUGGAAGACUAUGUUGUCGAGUUGAUGGGAUCUGAGUGCUUGCAUUUUAUGGAAGUUGAUAAUCUACUGAGGGAUGGUGAUGAGCUUGUAAUUCGUCCGUUACAUUAUGAAGAAUUAGAGGUACGACAGAUAGGAGGACGUCAUCAAAUCGCGACAGAUGGUACCCAUCUUAUCGACGGAGUUGCAUUUGGGAAAAGACCUCUGAAAAGAGGUGCACCUUCUCGCCCUCCUAUCAAGAUUCCUCCAAGGAAUAAAAGGAGACGCAUAAACGAGGCAGAAUGGGUUAGCGAUCGCUCCGUCACAAGAUGCUUAGGGUUUUCACCUUCACCUCCCAGGCUUGAAGAAGGAUGGUGUGUUCACAGGAGCCUUAGCCCAGCUCCUGCUGAAGUCGGGCCACGUGCGGAUGCCAAUGGCCAACGAUCACAGGAACUAUCGGAAACGGGAGAUAAAACCGACACACAAGGAAUUGAACGGCCGCCACUAAUCUCGGAUAGCGCUGUGGUCAUAAAUGCUGUUGAUAAAUUUGAUCAUGAUGCUAUGGUGUCAGGUGGAGACACAAAAGAUAGCAGCAAACAGGCUGGUAACAGGAUAUGGACUGUGGUGAAGGAAGAGAAGUCCAUCCUCUCAUCAUCGAGCUCAGACUCCUCGGAAAGCGAGAGUGGCAUGAGUUCUUCCUCCGAAGAGUCGAGUGAAGAAGUGGAUGAUUCCAGUUCGGAUUUGUCGUCUAGCGUUUCUAGUACGAGUGCAUCGUCUUCCGUGUCAUCUUCCAUUAGUAGUGAUGAUACCUCUUCCGUCUCUGAGUCGGAUGUCUCUGUGAUUGAAGUGCAGAAACCACCCGCGAAACCUGAAGCUCUCACCUCGGAGAUUAUUGCACGGCCAAAUAUGAAUCCGCCCGGCAUGGGUUCUCGCAGAACGAAACAUAGUAAUUUGCGGACCAAACUACGAAAAAGACUUGCAAAGAUGAAGGCUGCUGGGAUUCUUCCUCAGGAUGCGAAUUUUGAUGACUUGCGUGCUUGGGAUCAGGCCGGCGUAAGGAGAAGUGUGCCGAAACCUCUAGAAUGUACAGCGGAAACUGACAAAGUGAUGUCUCCUACCAAAGCCGAGUUCGAGAAACGGCGAGCGCAACUGUUACGGGAUAUUGAAGCGGGAGGCGUAGACGUGUCUCCAAACUCUGCGCAACGGGAUCCUAAGGCUGUACAGCCUAGUUCUUCGGUUGACGCGACAGCAACGCCUGUUUCGGAAGAUCGACUGCCUAACAAAAAGGCGAAGUUAGAUUUAGCCAGCACGAGGCGUCUUCUUUUUGGCUCCCUCGGCCUACGUACCCCGAAGACUAAGAGCGACGCGGAGCGUCUAAAAGCCCAGCUUGCGGAAACAUUGAAGAAACCUGGACCUACAGCCAAAGAAGAGCAAAUCAAAGAACCGACAGAAUCAACGAGAAAUAGUCAAGCUCUUAUGCCAGUGGAGAACUGGCAAGAUUUCAUCAUUCUGAAAGCUACCGAAUGUAUAUAUGAAGAUGUGAAAGUGCCUCCGCCACCAUUUCCAUUUGUUCAAAGAUGGGACGCUGAAAGCCAAAAGCAAAUCCGCGAGCGGCGGAAUCGUGGAAAUGGUCAGAAUAAAAAGCGGAAAAGGAAAUCUUUAGUUUAUGAAGAGGAAGGCAAUCAAUACGACGGUCCCGAAAGCUAUUUGAAUACCGAGAUUACGCUAAAUUGUUCUGACAAGGAAGAUAAUGUGCAGGGAGUUUCCCCGGCCGUUGUUGAAACUACUGAGAAAUACAACGUCCAAGAGCGGUCGGGACUGGUUGAGGAAGACCUUGUGGAAGCAAGCCCUACAGAGGCAGAGGAGGAUCUCCCAUUGUUCGGGAAUGUAUCGUCCCUCCCGAAUGCCACUGAAACCGAUUUUAAACCUGGUGCUAUUAUAGCAUUUAAACAACUGGAGGUUUCGAAAGCGACCAACUGGCAGCCCGUAGUCUCAGACUAUCGCACAGCGGUCGUAGAGAGGAUUCUGGAUGACGCUUGUGUCCGACUUCGUCUCGCUAAGCGUGACAGAGAAGAACGACCACAGAAUCAGGAUACAGGCCCACGCGAAUAUUCAGGAUUUGAAAUGCCGGGUUAUGAUGAGGAUCAAGGCGAAGACGACGGGUUAAGAGAUAUGGAAGUGUGCCAGUUGAUGGAGGCAAAGCUGUUACAACAUGCACCGGCUGAAGACGGUGAAGCUGAAAAUUUGGGAGAGGUAAUUGUCGAAGAUACCCAAGCGAAUGUCCUGUCGGGCAUUGAUUCUGAUUUAACCUUUCCUCAUAAACUCCUCCCCCAUGCCGAUUCAACCAAAGCCGUGGAAGAGGAGGACAAGGGCGUUUCGAAAUUACAAGGGGAUGAGGACUAUGCGAUAGAGUCUCCAACUUUCACCGGGUUUGAAAAGACUCCGGUCCGCGAAACAAGCGAGCGGCCUGACCCGGGGGCGGCCCUGCGUCCUAUCACCGGUUCUACUGGAACUGGGAAUAAUACGGCCAUCAGCGAAUCUCCUUUGGUGCAAACAAGCUCUAUGAAAAACGCUGCCCAGGAAGUCGAUCCGGUUGUUUCAGCAUUAUCUAUACCUUCUGAGGAUGGUCUGCGCUAUAUAACCGAUCUCGAUGACACAGGGCCAGGCGGGCAUAUUAUUGGCGAGAGUCAAAAUAUCAGGUCGAAAUCCCCAGUCCACAGCGAUGCUCCUGAUUCUCAAGACGAGGAAAAGCCGUCAGGAACUAGCCAACCGGGAUCACUUUUGUCCAUUGUACCCUCUAGCGUCCAGGACGACACGAAAAAUGACCGACCCGGCUCAUCUGCUAGCUCAAUGGUGACAAAUCCAUUCUAUGAAGUGGAUCGUGUUCUGUUCGGGGAAACCAGCGAUGGAACAGCGCUAGAUGCUAUGAUUUCAUCCACCGCGCCUCCUCGGAUCACUGAGCCGUCCGAACCCAAGAGAUCUGCUCGAGUUCGGCGCCCGGUCCUUUCAUCUCCGCGCCAACGAUCUCCUGAACCAUUGUUCGUUUACGGGGAUGAUGAUAGGGACGGGGACUACCAACCGGAUAUUUCCGAGCAAUCAAGUUCCAAGGAGAGGUCAAGAUCCUCCCAGAUUGUUAAGGAGGAACCCAUGAGUUCGCAGGCCCCCAAAUGUCAAUUGCAAAUCCCCGAGGGCUCCCAGCUCGUCGACCUGACGCUGUCCAGUGAUCCUGUAUCGCCUGGAAACAGCGAUGGGGAUUUUGCAAAGUCGCAAGGGCUACCCAGCUCUGUCCAGUACCGAAGACGUCGACCAAGGAGGGCAAACUCGUCGAUGAAGAGGAACGGUUCGCUGGAGCGAAGGGUGAAGACGAGGAGGAGCGCGAUAUAG